AUUUGUGUUGACGGGGAAGCGACGCAUAUAACAGAGACGGUGGCCCUUUCUGAUCUGAAGACAUAGUCGCCAUUCAAAAAUGUGGUUGAGCACAUUUUCACGUUUUGCUCUGCCGGCCCUGCAGAGGAGCACCUCUGCUAUGACCUGCCAGGCACUGAGGGCUUGUCGUAGACCUGGGCUGGCUGCAAGUCCACUACGUGCUUGUCUGACUUCAGCGCAGCUUCGUGGGCAUCAGACACUCGGCUCAGCCUCUCUUCCCGAGGCUCGACACUCAAUGAGGCACGUCCGGGCCCUCGAUGAGGACAGGCUGCUGGAGGUGGAGUGGGAGGAUGGAGGCCAGAGCUUGUAUCCGUUCACCUGGCUGAGAGACAACUGCCAGUGUCCCCUGUGCACGCUGCAGUCGGCUCAGGCCCGAAAACUGCUGAUGGCUGAUCUCGACAUCCACACGGGAGUCGACGUUGUGGAGGUCACCAAUGACAACAAGGUGUCCAUCGUGUGGCCCGACCAGCACACCAGCGUAUUUGAUGCAGAGUGGCUCAAGAAACGCUGUUUUUCUCCUGCUGCAAGACAAGCGAUGCAAGAGGAGCACUUCCUCAAUGAGCGUUAUUACUGGGACCGCAAUCUGCGUAUUCCCACAGCAGACUACGAGGAAGUCCUGCGUGACGAUAAGGCAGCGCUGGCCUGGCUCCUGGCCCUGCGUCGCGUCGGCAUCGUCUACCUGAAGGGGGCUCCGCCAGAGCAAGGCCAUGUGGCUAGACUCGCAGAGAGGAUCGGUUAUCUCAGGCUGACUUUCUACGGGCACACAUGGCAGGUCCAAGACAAAUACAUGGCAAACAACGUGGCCUACACUUCAGGCAAGCUCAGUCUCCACACAGACUACCCUGCGUUACACUUUGCACCUGGAGUGCAGUUUCUCCACUGCAUCAACCAGGCAGUAGACGGAGGGGAGAGCGAGGUGGUGGAUGGCUUCCACAUGGCCGAGCAGCUGCAGAGAGAAGACCCCGAGGCCUUCGACACCCUCACCUCGCUCCAAGUGGACUUCACCGACACGGGGAUGGACUACUGCGACUUCAUGCUGCAGUCCAAGAAAUGCAUCAUCGAUGUUGAUGCAGAGGGUCGAGUCGCGAGGAUAAACUACAAUAACGCCACCAGAGACUCAGUGCUGGACUUGCCCCUGCAUCAGGUUCAGCCCUUCUACCGAGCACUGAAGGCCUACGUGAAUGUCAUGAACCGACCAGAGAACAUGGUCACCUACUGCAUGGAGCCGGGCGACAUCGUGACCUUCGAUAACUGGCGUCUGCUGCACGGCCGGAAGAGUUACGUCAGUACACCAGACAAGCUGCGACACCUGGAGGGCGCCUACCUGGACUGGGACGAAGUCAUGUCUCGCCUCAGGAUCCUCCGCAGCUCGGUCCAGGGGGGCAUGUGAGCCCAGGAGACUGAUACCUUUAAACAUGUAGCUUUACAGCCUUUGUGGAGAAUCUAAAUGAUGUCAGAUGGCUAUUAACUGUUAGCGGGUUAAGCUAAAUGUUGCUCUUAAAAAGCUGAAAUUACACGAGGGCAAAGUGCAAAGAUACCGAAAUAUGUAGGUACAAAAAUAUGUGACAGGUCGAAAGCUCGCUGACUGAAGUUGUCGAGCAUAAAUUGGAACAUUAUGAAACUUAAUGCAACACUGCAAUGCAAAAAUACCAUAUUAAUGGUAUUAAAAUUUCAGAAGAGACCUAAAAUAUUUUACCAAAAUAAAAUUUAAACAGGCUUUUGGACUGAUUAGUCAUGGUGACUAAUGACAAUUAAGUUUUUAUAGGCCGAUUUUUAUACAUUGUCCUUUUUACUCCACAGUUUAUCACAAUACACAUUAAUGGACAUUAAAAUAGGCAUUAUUUUUGCCUGUUGCAGUAUUACACUACCUCCUACUGUACAAUCAUGUGCCUCCACAUAGGAUGAGACAUCCUCGACUUUCUCCUUAUUCAUUCUUAAUUUCAAUAUUUGCCUUGAAGUUUUUAAACACAGUAGUGGCUUCACUGCAGCUGGCAGCACAAAGUGUAGAUUUAAAUUCAAAUGUACUUUUCUCCUCCACUCGAAUAGUGGAUAAUGUGUAGGUACAGUUUGCAAAAGUUUCAGAAAGCUCAAAAACCUCUGCAUGUAAAACCAGUUGAAGCAUUACAGGAUAAAAUGUUUGAAGUAGUUUUGGUGAACUGACCCUUUAAAUAUCCAGACUUACUGUUAUAUACAAAGCUAUCAUAUUACAAUUUAAUGUUGAUGAGCCUGUUAUGUUCACUAUUGUUACUGUAAAGCUUUCAGCCUUUGCCAAGUUAUUUAUUUAAGGCGUUUUUUGAUGUAAUCUUAAAAACAUUUAUAAAAACAUUAUGGAUGUUUUUUCUCCAAAGCAAACACAGAGACUUGCUUACCAUCAAUGUUUAUGAUUGAUGUGUGGUUUUGACUGUGUGUACACAUUUUUAAUAUGUCUUUAUUCCCUUCAUCCAGUCUUAAAUAAAACUUUUAAAAAAGAUUGUGCUAAUGUUCAAUCUGGAGCCAAAUGUUUCAAAUCAGACAAACCUGCAUUUUGUAAAAAAAAAAAAA